AUGCCUCAACAAGACCGUAGUUGGAUGGUUCCCAUCGAAGUGAUGUUGGGUUCUCUCAGCCAUGGAGAAGUUCAGGCAUGCAGCAUUUCUAUCGUUCCGGACGAGAUCCGAAAAGCGGGAGAAAAUUCUUUCAAGCCAAAAGUUAUCUCCGUAGGACCCUUACACAGGGGAACCACAAGGGACCUCCAAUUAAUGGAAGAACCCAAAUGGAGUUACAUGAACAAGUUUCUCCAACGAAAUGAAAACCAAGUAGUAGGAAAAACGCUCCAAGACUACGGCGACGACAUUCUCGGAUUAGUUAAGAAAAUUAGCGCAAGCUAUGGGGGUACCGUCCAAUCAGAACCUAACGAGUUGGCUAAAAUAAUGAUUGUAGAUGGGUGUUUUCUGUUGAAUCUCCUAAUCAGGCUGGGCGAUUCAAUAACCCGGAACGAAAGUAGUGUUGAUCCAGAAGAUCCCAUUCUAGAAAACGAAGAAAAGGUGGUGUCUGUUUUGAACGAUAUCACAAUGCUUGAGAAUCAAGUACCUUUCAUUGUUCUCAAGAGGUUAUAUAAGAAGGUUUUCAAAAACAGCAAUGAUAACGAAGUUGCUAAUAUUGUGCGCAAAGCCUUUGGCUAUCCAGAAGUUAAUAGUUCAGGAGGCGCUCAUAUACUUCACCUAAUGCACUUGUCCACUGUCCAACAAAACACACAACAUAUUAAUAAACGUGCAGACAAAGAACUAAAGCGUUGUGCUGCAAGGCUUAUAGCUGCUGGUGUAACAAUUCAACCUGCGGAUGAUCAUGGCGGCUGUAACAAUAAUUUAGUCAAUAAGUUCAACUUUGACAUAAAUUGUACAGAUAGUGAGCUGAAAAUUCCGGUGUUGCGUGUAAAGAAAACGACGGAAGUGAGAUGGAGGAAUUUGAUUGCUUGGGAACAGAGCAAGAUUUGGGUAAGUUGCCAAUACACUUCGUAUGCUUUUUUCUUUCAAGGUUUGAUCUGUUGUAAGCAUGACAUUGAGAUACUUUUGGCGAAAGGAGUUAUAGUGAACGACUCAGGGAAGAGCAUAGGGGAAUUGUGGGAUCUGUUUCUCACAAUCUCAAAAGGUGCUGAGCGAAUGAAUUUGAGAUAUGAGGGGAUUUGCAAAGACUUGAAUAAAUAUCGAGGGAGAAAAGUUAGAACGGUGUUGCAAGAGAAGCCUAUAGUCACUUGGCAUAAGUGUAGAAGGGUGUCUGAUAACAUGGUGUACUAUGGGAAGAAGUCGUACAGGAGUUUGAUUAGCGAUCAUAUACCCACAAUCUGGAAACUUAUAGGAGUGCUUGCAGCUGCUCUGCUUCUUGUUCUCACCAUUAUGCAGACUUAUUAUGCAGCUCACAGCAGUGGCAAAGGCUAG